AUGGCAGCUCCGGGUCCUCCUCCGGUUGGAGUUCCCCAGGGAGGGCAGUUGAACGGUCCGAGUUUCUCUUUUGCUGGGAAUUCACAGUUAGGACCAAUGAAUCAGCCAUUGCCGUCUAAUAAUAUUGUUGAUGCCAUUCAAGAUAGAGAAGCUUUUUCCACUCCGCAGGCACCACAUACUACACCACAACCAGGUCAAACAAAUUCUACUUCAAGGCCUGGCAACUCAGCAACUGUUAAUAUGCCUCUUGCUCCAUCAUAUCAGGUUCUUUCAGGAUUCCCAAACACCCCUAUUACACAUGGCAUGCCAGGAAUUUCUCCAUCAACUGCCAAUAUGACAGCCACUCCACCUGGAGAAUUUUCUGCUGCGUUUCCGAGGCCAACAAUGCAAGCACCACAUCUCCAGCAUCCAGCAUAUGCUUCUUAUCCUUCUGUUCCUCCCGUGUCCUCUUCUUUACAGGGUGCUUGGUUGCAGCCCACACAGGUUAGUGGCCUGCUAAGACCACCUUUUUCACCAUAUCCUGCGGCUUUUACCAGUCCCUUUCCUUUGCCAGCUCGCAGUACACCAAUCCCAUCUGUUCCAUCACCUGAUCUACAACCCCCUGGUGUUACUAAUGUGGGAGCAUCUUCUGGGACUCCCAUUGCUUUUGAUGGUUCUGCCAGACAGCUAACAACCAGUCCAAUGCAACAGGAGACUCCUCCUGGAGUUGACAAUGCUAAAGAUGCUGAUAUUAUUAACGCCAAAGAUGGGUUGGCAGUCAGCGAACAACUGGCCUGGUCGGCACAUAGGACUGAAGCAGGAACUGUAUACUAUUAUAAUUCUGUGACGGGGCAGUCUACCUAUGACAAACCUUCUGGUUUUGUUGGAGAGCCUGAAAAAGUUAUUGCUCACCCGACUCCAGUUUCAUUGGAGAACUUGGAUGGUUCAGAUUGGGUUCUGGUUACAACUAAUGAUGGCAAAAGAUAUUAUUAUAACAAGAAAACUAAGUUGAGCAGUUGGCAAAUUCCGAGUGACGUAACAGAGGCUGUGAAGAAGGAGGACGCUAAUUUAUUUAAGACGCAGCCCAUGUCAGUGUCUACUACUAAUGUUAUAACUGAAAAAGGAUCAACUCCUGUUACUUUGAGUAUCCCUGCUGCUAAUACUGGUGGUCGUGAUGCCACAGUUCUGAGGUCAUCAAGUACAGGGUCAUCUUCGGCAUUGGAUCUCAUAAAAAAGAAGUUGCAGGAUCCUGGUGCUCCCUUGCCUGUAGCCAUGGCUUCAGAUCCAAAUGGCUCCAAAUUGGCUGAGGGUACAGUUAGGGAUUCUGAAACUGAGAAUACCAAAGAAAAAAUAAAAGAUUCUAAUGGAGAAAGUAAUAUCUCGGAUUCAUCUUCAGAAUCAGAUGAUGAGGAUAAUGGACCAUCAAAAGAGGCAUGCAUCAUCCAAUUCAAGGAAAUGCUCAAGGAGCGUGGCGUUGCGCCAUUUUCAAAGUGGGAAAAGGAACUUCCAAAGAUAGUUUUUGAUCCUAGGUUUCAGGCCAUUUCUAGUCAAAGUGCUCGAAAAGCUUUGUUUGAACACUAUGUUCGUAAUCGUGCUGAAGAAGAGCGUAAGGAGAGGCGAGCAGCACAAAAAGCUGCAGUCGAGGGGUUCAAGAAAUUAUUAGAUGAAGCAAAAGAGCAAAUUGACCGCCAAACUGAUUAUCAUAAGUUCAAGGACAAAUGGGGACAUGAUGCACGGUUCUUAGCAUUGGAUCGAAAAGAUAGAGAGGCUUUGUUGAAUGAAAGGAUCUUGCCUCUUAAGAGAGCUGCUGAAGAAAGAGCUCGAGCUGUUCGUGCAGCAGCUAUUUCGAGUUUUAAGUCCAUGCUUCAAGAAAAAGGAGAUAUUACCUCAACCUCUCAUUGGUCCAAGGUAAAGGAUGGUUUGAGGAAUGAUCCUCGUUACAAAUCGAUUCAGCAUGAAGAAAGGGAGGCAUUAUUUAAUGAGUAUAUUUCGGAGCUGAGGACUGCUGAAAAGGAGAAGGAACGCUUGGUGAGAGAUAAAAACCAUGAGGAGGACAAAUUGAAAGAAAGAGAAAGAGAGUUGCGUAAAAGGAAAGAAAGAGAAGAACAGGAAGUGGAGAGAGUGCGAGCAAAAGUUCGUAGGAAGGUUGCUGUUGAAUCUUAUCAAGCUCUGUUGGUUGAGAUCAUUAAAGAUCCUCAGGCUUCUUGGACAGAGUCAAAGCCAAGAUUGGAGAAGGACCCUCAAGGACGUGCUGCAAAUCCGCUACUUGAUCUAUCAGAAAUGGAAAAGCUUUUCCGUGAACAUGUAAAGAUUUUACAGGAGAGAGCUAUUUCUGAUUUCCAAGCCUUAUUAACUGAGAAAAUAACUGAAGCCGCUGCUCGAGAAAAAGAUGGUAAAACAGUUGUAUCAUCAUGGUCAACUGCGAAGCAACUACUGAAGCCUGAUCCCCGGUAUGCAAAGGUGGCAAGGAAAGACAGGGAGACCUUGUGGAAGAGACACGUUGAGGAAAUUCACCGAAGACAGAAGGCAGCGACUAAUGACGAAUCCGAGGAGCACAAGGAAGGAAGAAAGAAAACCAAUAUUGGAGCCGAUAAAAAUUUUCUAGGGUCAAGAACUCAUGAUAGAAGAGAUAGAUAA